AUGUCAAAUCCAGAGAAUCAAUUGAAACGAGAGGCUUCACUGCCAAAUCUUGUUAGUGGAGAUAACAAAAGACAGAAAAUAGCCGAUGGCAAUCAAGAUGCCCAAUUUGAACAAUUGUUUGGCGAUAUAAGUAUUCCACAACCACAACAACAGGAUGCAAACGAUGCUCCAUUAGACUUGGCGGUAACAUUGCUACAGAAUGUUUCUUCGCCCAGCAAGGAUGUAUCGCCUCCAAAGGAUGAAGUCAGCGCAGAAAAAAAUGCUGCUAGUACCACUAGUGAUAUACCGAUUAGUAUAGAAACACCAGGAAAGGAAGACAAAGAAAACGAGAAAGAGAAAGAAAAAGAAAAGGAAAAAGAAAAAGAGAAAGAAAGUGAGAAAGACAAAGAAAAAUCUAAGCUUGAUACAACUGAUCCAUCAAAAUUGAAUGAUGCAAUAGCAGCGGCAGGGGUUGAUAUUCAACAAGAAGAAGAAAUAUUAUUCCAACAACAACUCAAUAGAAAAUCAGAUAAUGUUUCGAAAGACUUAAAGCAAAUUAUAAAAUCCACUAAACCACCGCCAUUCUUAAAUAACUAUCAUUUAGCUGCCUUUAUGAAUAAAGUAGCCCGAGAAAAUAGUAUACAGCAGAAUUUCCUACAAGAUGGUGAUAUGCUAGAAUUACUUUCCGCAGCAUGCGAAGCUUGGAUGUCAAAGAUUGUAACAAAGACAGUGAUGUUGUCUAAACAUAGAAGAAGAGGUGUCCCAAGUGUGAAUUCUAGUGGGAAAAGGACAGGCGGAGGAUCAAGCUCAGUCCCCAGAUCAGAAUUAUCCAAGGAAUUGAGAAACUUGGCAGUAAAGCAGAAAGAAUUAGAAGAGAAAAGGGUCAGCAAGAGAAUACUAUUGGGAUUAGAGAAAGGUGCCAAUGAUCCUUCCUUAGAUGCAAAUGGUGGCGAUUCAAAAGCUGGAGCUGAAGAGACCUUACAUAGAGCCGCCAAUGCUACGGCAGCUAUGAUGACAAUGAAUCCAGGUAGAAAGAAGUAUUCCUGGAUGACAUCAAGUGCAAGUGCUGGGAGUGAUUCAGUAGGGAAAGUAGGAGCUGAUCAAGAGGGUAAAGGUGGUAAGCAAAGUCCUAUAAUGUCAGUAAGAGGCGAUAAUGGUCUUCGUUUCAGAGAAAUCAGGUCCGGAAAUUCUAUUGUUAUGAAAGACAUAUUAGGUGCAUUAGAAGAUGAAAGAAUGGGCACAUCAAAAGCUCUUGUUAAAGGUUAUGCCAAAUUAAAGGAUUAA